AUGUGGAUGUCCUUGGAAGAGAGAGCAAGGAUUACCAUAUGCAAGUGCAAAGUGAAAAAUGAGUGUAGAUUUAGGAUAUACUGUGCAAAAUUGAAAGAUGAAGAGACAUGGAAGAUUAAGAGCUUGGAGUUGAAGCAUAUUUGUAGCCAUCAGAUUCACAACUCCAAACUUUCAUCACAAUACCUGGCUGAAAGGUAUCUUGAGGAUUGGAGGGAUGAUCCCUGUAUGAGGCUGAGUGCUUUUAGGAACAGAGCAAGGAGAGAGAUUGGGGUUGAGAUUAAUUACUACAUAGCAUAUUAUUCAAGAGAUAAGGCAAUGAAGAUGAUAUAUGGAGAUGCAAAGGCUGAGUACAGUAGAGUCUGGGAUUAUGCAGCAACUAUCAUAAAAUAUAAUCCAGGAUCUACUGCUAAGGUGAAGAUAGCAGGGAUUGACACUCCAAAACCUGUAUUUCAUAGGUUGUACAUCUGUCUUCAAGCAUGCAAGGAAGGCUUUGUGGCUGGGUGUAGAUCUAUCCCGGGUGUUGAUGGAGCUCACUUGAGGGGACCAUAUCCUGGGAUCCUAUUGACAGCAGCGGGAAAAGAUGGAAAUCAGAACAUCUUCCCUGUUGCAUGGGCAAUUGUGGAAACUGAAAACUCAGAGACAUGGACUUGGUUCCUGAGCUUGCUUAAAGAAGACCUUAGAUCAGUGGCUUCUUCUGUCACCUGGGUGCAUGAGAAAGAGGACCCCACAUACAUGAGUGAUAGGCAAAAGGCAAAAUUGUAUUCAUUUUGUUAUGUUGUUGGUUAG